AUGUUGGCUGUGGAAGAGAGUAACGCCUGGAUCAAUAGUGUCUGCAGAUGGGUUUGUUACAGAGGCUGCGAACUGCUUAUAAAGAGGGGCUGGGGCCGACAGGCCCUCUGUAAAUUCGCCUGUCGUAGAAAGUGUGGUAGGGGAAAGAGACAGGCGAUCGAUGGGCUUGGUCACGUGACACCAAUCCCCGCUAACUUUGACUUCUACGACCUAGACGACGACAACUUCAUCGAGAUCAACGAGUUUGCUGCGACAUUAGGCGAAGACGUCAACGAACCUGAUCUCGUGAAAGGCUUCAUUCUCACCGACGUCAACGGGGAUGGUAAGUUGACUCGGGAGGAAUUCUCGGCAGAAACUUGCGUCUUCUACAAAGAUGGCCAGUUGUACUGUAGCAGCACCUGGGAUAAUUUCUCGUGCUGGCCAGUCACCCCGGCGGGUCACACGGCCGUCAUCCCCUGCCCAGUCGGCCUACCAGGCGUCGAUCAUACACAAAACGCCACUAGGCAUUGCAUGGACCACGGCGAAUGGAUGGCAAAGGUGAACUACGACCCAUGCAUCAUGGAAGACGAGCCUCUACCGUCUGAAGCGAAUCGGAUCAUUUACUACGUAGGAUUCUGUGUGUCUCUUAUUGCCCUCACCAUAGCCCUGGUCAUAUUCCUCUACUUCAGGAGUUUGCGUUGCUUGCGAAACGUCAUACACAGUCAUUUGAUCGUCUCCUUCAUAUUGCGGAAUCUCUGCUGGAUCAUAAUGGAUAAGGCUAUGCUUCAUAUGUACCAAGUGGAACAUCUGGCGUGGCUAUGUAAGUUAAUUGUUGCCAUCUACAACUACCUACAAGAGACCAACUUCUUCUGGAUGUUUGUGGAAGGCCUGUACCUUCACACAAUCAUAGUAUGGACGUACAGCGCAGAGAAAAUACGCCUAUGGUUCUACAUCGUCAUAGGAUGGGGUUUGCCAGUCGUGUUUGUUGUGGCCUGGUGUGUUGUCAAAGCAAAACUGGAGAAUAACACAUGCUGGUUAAAUGCGGGCACAUCAGUUUAUGAUUUUGUUCACAUCACUCCGAUUCUCCUGGUGCUAUUUAUAAACAUCAUCUUCUUGGCCAGCAUUAUCUGGGUAUUAGUCACCAAGUUGAGGGCCUCCCAGUCAUUAGAGGCUAUGCAGUAUAAGAAAGUUGUCCGAGCAACAGUCAUACUGCUUCCCUUACUGGGUCUCACAUACGUCAUCUUCAUCACCCCUCUGGGUAACGAUAAAGUGUCACACGCUGUUUUUGGCUACUUCAAUGCUUUUCUACAAUCCUUCCAGGGUUUCUUUGUUGCGGUGUUUUACUGUUUUCUAAAUGGAGAGGUGCGAUCCGUCAUCCGCAAGCGAUUUCGGUUUUGGCAGGACAAUCGAAGUAUCACGACCCGCUACACCCGCGCAUCUUUUAUGGCAACGCAGGGAGCCGCCUCCUGCGUGGACACCACGAAGAACGAAGUCAGCGUCCAGAUUCCACUGGUGAACGGGAGAAUCGACAACAACUCCAACGGUUUCAACGGGACUAAAGACAGUUCUGAUACAGUGGACGAUUCCGAGCAAGCCUUAUGA